CUCUCUCUCUCUCUCGCAAAACCCUCACUUUUUCGCUCUCAGAAUCCAUCGCUUUAUGGCUCCAACUGAUAACGAUCGCCGCUUACUAGCAUGAUCUCCCCGAUUCAGCUCGUUGAAUUGGAUUGGUUUCUUGAAAUCUCAUCUUGAAAUCGUAAUUUUCUGCGGGGAAAAGUGGGAUUUCUGCGAGUUUUUUCGAGCUUUUUUCCCGAUGAAUUCAAUGGAUUUCUAGAGCUUGAAUUUUUAGUUUCGGAAAAGUUUUGUUUUGGUCGUUUGGAUUUCUCGUAGUAUUUUGUGUGUGUGUGUGUGUAUUUGUUUUCCCAAUGAUCACUGAUAGCUAUUCGAAGAUGUUAUCUGAAGUUGGAAUGCGAUCAAUGCUUGCCGGCGGCGGCGAUUAUCGCGAGGAGCUAGAGUUGAUGCUGAGAGAGCAGAGUCGGCAGGUAGAGGAAGCGAAUGAUCGAGAGCGAGAGCUCAGUAUUUACAGGAGCGGCUCGGCCCCACCUACGGUGGAAGGAUCGUUGAGCGCGUUUGGUGGUAUUUUAGGCGCAGGGGGAGGUAAUUUUAAUGGAGUUUCGGAGGAGGAACUGAGGUCUGAUCCUGCAUACAUUUCUUAUUACUACUCCAACGUGAAUCUAAACCCCCGGCUCCCCCCGCCUCUGUUGUCCAAGGAGGACUGGCGAUCUGCACAGCGGCUUCAAGGCGCCGGAGCGAGUAACGGCGGUGGAGGAGGUGGGAGUCAGCUAUCACUAGGUGGGAUUGGAGACAGGCGUAGGGUAAGUAUGGGGGGCGGCGUAGCAGCCAGAGAGAAGUCUUUGUUUUCUGCGCAGAUGGGGUUCAGUGGAAAAAAUGAAGAAAAUGGAACUGAAUCCCCCAAGGACUGGGGUUCAAAUGGAUUGAUUGGAUUGCCCGGAUUGGGUUCGGGAAGCAGGCAGAAGAGCAUAGCCGAAAUGAUUCAGGAUGAUAUAAGUUACAGAAAGUCUACUUCAAGACAUCCAUCUCGACCUGCCAGCUGUGCACUCAAUGAUUUCAGUGAGUCUUCUGACCCUCAGUUUACUGAUCUCCAACAUGAACUGCCAUCUUUCGAUGCAUUGCAAAACAUUGGCUCAUCUUGCUCUCAUGCUUAUGCUUCUGCUGGAGGCUCUUCACUCUCAAGAAGUACUACCCCAGACCCUCAACUUAUUGCUAGAGCUCCCAGCCCACGACUUCUGCCGGUUGGGUCUGGGACAAAAGGUUCACCCGAAAAGCUAAAUGUCAUAAAUUCAUGUGCUGCUGUUGAUGCCUCACACGGUAUGGAUGAGCCUGCAGAUUUAGUUGCUGCCUUGUCUGGCAUGGGCCUCUCUGAUAAUAAUAUAGUUCAUGAAGAAGACCACCUAAAGCCUCUAAGGAAUUUAAAGCAUCGAAUCCAUCAUGAAACUCAUAAACAGCAGAACUUGCACAUGCAGAAUGGAAAGAAUCAUAUUAGGCAACACUCUCUCUUGAGUAAGCCUGGUGCUCUCCCCGCUGGUUCACACUUGAUAGGCUCCUAUACACAAACUCUUGGUAAUAGUCCUGGAAGCUCGCCAACUCAGCUUCCGCAGGUUGAAAGUCCAAACUCAAUGCCUUUUGGAUAUGGGAUGGGGAGUUAUGGCUUGAAUCCUUCAUCACCAUCUAUGUUGGAAAACCAAUUUGAAAGUGAUCAUUUGCCUUAUUUAUCUGAUGAUGGUGUUGCUGGAACAGCAAGGAGUGCAUCUAGAAUUGACUCACUAUCAAUGGGAGGUAGCUUGAGUUUGGGACCUAAUUUAUUAGCAGCUUCUGAAAUGCAAAAUCUCUAUAGACUUAGGAAUUCCAACUCGGGGAUUUCUAUGCAAAAUCCCAUGACAGAUCCACAUUAUCUUCAGUACUUGCAAUCGACUGAGCUUUCUGAUGGUGGCCUAACAGCUUUUAACAAUCCAACUAUUAACAGGGAAUCUCUGCGCAAUUCUUACAUGGGGUUUCUCGAAAUUCAGAAAGCUCACUUGGGAUCACUUGCUUCACAAAAACCACAGUAUGACUUUUCAAGCUUUAACAAAACCUGUGCCCUAAAUCACGCCUACUAUGGAAAUCCAACACUUGGUGUUGGUAUGUCGUACCCUGGAAGCCCUUUGGCAGGUUCUAUUCUUCCGAAUUCUCCUUUUGGACCAGGUAGUCCGGUAAGGUAUGGUGGAAGAAAUGUUCAUUUUGGAUCAGGCAUGCAGAACUUAGGUGCUGGCGUUAUGGGGGCCUGGCACUCUGAUUCAGCUUCUUACCUGGGGCAGAGUUAUGCAUCCUCAUUAUUAGACGAGUUCAAGAGCAGUAAAACUAAAUGUUUAGAGUUACUGGAGAUUGAUGGUCAUGUUGUUGAAUUUAGUGCUGAUCAAUAUGGAAGCCGGUUCAUUCAGCAAAAGCUUGAGACUGCUACUGUUGAGGAGAAAAACAUGGUCUUCCAUGAAAUUUUGCCACAUGCUCUUAUCCUAAUGACUGAUGUGUUCGGCAAUUAUGUGAUCCAGAAGUUUUUUGAGCAUGGAAGUGCUGCUCAGAUAAGAGAACUGGCUGACAAGCUCACAGGCCAUGUUCUCAACCUUAGUCUUCAAAUGUAUGGCUGCCGAGUUAUCCAAAAGGCAAUAGAGGUUGUUGAGUUGGACCAAAAGACAAGAAUGGUUUCAGAGCUUGAUGGACACAUUAUGCGCUGUGUACGUGAUCAGAAUGGGAAUCAUGUUAUCCAGAAGUGUAUAGAAUGUGUUCCAGACGAUAACAUUCAGUUUAUCGUUACUACCUUCUAUGACCAAGUAGUGACAUUAUCCACCCAUCCUUAUGGGUGUAGGGUUAUACAGAGAGUUCUUGAGCAUUGCCACCGUGCUGAAACGCAAGACAUUGUAAUGCGUGAGGUUUUGCAAUCUGUCAGUAUGUUGGCUCAAGAUCAAUAUGGGAAUUAUGUUGUUCAGCAUGUAUUGGAGCAUGGAAAGCCAGAUGAGCGUUCCUCUAUAAUAAAUACGCUGAAGGGAAAAAUAGUUCAGAUGAGCCAGCAGAAAUUUGCCUCUAAUGUUGUGGAAAAAUGCCUAACUUUUGGUACUCCUGAAGAGCGCCAGACCUUGGUAAAUGAGAUGCUGGGGUCUCCUGAUGAAAAUGAACCUCUUCAGAUAAUGAUGAAAGACCAAUUUGCAAACUAUGUUGUACAGAAAGUGCUGGAGACUUGUGAUGACCAGCAACUUGAACUCAUCCUAAACCGAGUAAAAGACCACUUGAACGCCUUGAAGAAAUACACUUACGGGAAGCAUAUUGUUGCCCGUGUGGAGAAACUUGUUGCAGCCGGAGAGAGGAGGAUCGGUAUUCUGUCUUCGUAUUCUGCAUAGGCGGCAUAUAAAAAGGUCAAAAGGAAUCUGUACAGUUAACUGAGGCUAGUGUGACUCUCCUCUCUUCUUUUUUUUCACUGUGUCCAGCUUUAGCCAUUUGUCUCGUAAGAUAAGGUGGCUAAGCGAACUACAGAAAUAAAAGCUUCUACUGGUUGUACUUACAAACAUGUAAAUUUGGUAGUUUGAGUAUAUUACUUUAUCUAGAGAAUCAGGUUAAGGCUCCCAUGGUAAAACGUUUUUACUGAUGCCAUUGUGUGGAGAGAGAAGUAUACUAUGAAGUUGACUGUGCAAGUUUGAAGAGUGUACAGAGAAGGGUAAAAGAAAAAAGAAAGUUAGCCUGUGACUGUAAAAUGUUGCCAUGUGCAGAGCCAGUGGUUUCUAGGAAUAGCUGAGUUUACUGAUGUACGGAAUUGUAACAAUUCUCCCUCUGUUUUUAUUUGUUUAUUUAUAAUGGAACGUUCACUCUUUGCGUGCUAUAAAAUCUGUUAUAACUU